AUGACCAAGACUGUUGAUGAAGCUAAGGUUCUUAUUGAGAAUCUUGCAGCUAGUGAUUGUAACAACUGUCCUGAUUAUGACCGCUCAAGCCGCACCACUACUAGCUCCCCUGAUUCUUUUCAAAUGACUGAACUCAAGAACAUGAUGGCUCAAGUUCUUAAGGGACAGCUCAAGCAUAUCAAUGCAAUAGAAGGGAUGAGUGAUGCUAAUGAAGAUUCAUCAAGAGAAUGCAUGGGAGAUUUCUCUAAUGAUGCCAAUGAAGAAGAUGUGAACUACAUUGGAAACUAUGGGAACAAGGGAUACAAUCCAAGCUAUCGCCCAAAUCCCAACAUGUCUUAUAGAAACCCCAAUGUGGAGAAUCCUCAAGACCAAGUGUAUCCUCCAAGGUAUCCACAACAACAAAGACCUCCUUACCAAUCUCAAGGAAGUCAAUUUCAGCCAAGGCAAGGAUAUGAGCAGAGAUCAUCAUAUCCGCCCAAGGAGCCAUAUGCUUCUUCACCAAAUCAAGCUCCUCCAAACCAACAAGGUGGGAGAUUUGAAGGAAUCCUCCAACAGAUCAUGGAUGGCCAGAAGAGAAACACUAAAGAGAUGUAUGAGAAGAUGGACACUUUGUUCAGCAAUCUCAACACCAAGUAUGAUGCUGUUGCCACUCAUGUGAAGAAACUAGAGACUCAAGUCACUCAAACUAUGGAAGCUGUUAAGAGACAGGAAGCUGAAUCCAAGAAGUCCUUUUGCAACUCAGCCGCCAUAGAAGAAAGAUUUGAAGACCAAGUUCCAGAAUGGAUGCUUUCAAAACCUACUGUUGAUUGCAUGAUUUGGCCUGAAGAGAAUUACCCAGAGAGAGAGUCCAAUCGAGCUAGAAAGAGAAGACUCUUCCCAAAGAUUAUCCCCAAGACAGAUAACUCAGGAAAGUUUGCUGUGCCUUGUAUCAUCAAAGGUAACAUUCUUGAGCAAUCUUUGUGUGACACAGGAGCCAAUGUGAACAUCAUGUCUAAGAGGAUAGCUGACAAGAUAGGCCUCACCAAGAUAGAGCCAUCAUCCAUCUCCAUCAACUAUGCUGAUUCAUUCUCACAAACACCCUAUGGCUUUGUGCCUAAUGUGAUGGUGCAGAUUGGAAAUUGCUCUAUCCCUACUGAUUUCCAGAUUGUGGAAAUGAGAGAGAGUAGCCAUAGACCUCUCAUAUUUGGAACCCCUUUCCUGUCUACUGUGGGUGCCAUAUUUGAUUUCCCCAAUCAAAGAAUCUCUUUCAACAAGGUGAACAAGGGUAUGUUCUUCCCUAUGUGUUCAACAAAGAACUCUUUUGUUGACAUGGUCCAAGAGGAGAAAGCUACUUUGAAGCCACCCCAAGAAGGAGAAACUGAAGAAACAAUCAAGGAAGAUCCCAUUCCUAAGCCCAAGCAGCUUGCCAAACAAGCAAGGAGUAAGACUAAGGCCCCUACACCAAAACCGCCCAAGGGAUCAACCAAGAUUGAAGAUGAGGCCAAGCCAAGAAGGAAGGUUAGAAAACCUAGGUCUGGCCGCAACAUGAAGCUUCUAUUCCCAGAGGAGCUUAUUGAUGAGAAUCUAGAAGGAUUCAAGGAGAGAGUGACAAGAACUCUAAAGCUUUUUCCUAAGGCAGUAGUGCCAAGGGACAUUCAUGGAGAGAUUGUCUAUCCAGCUGUGAAUCACCCACCAGAUACUCAUUGCAAGGAGAAAAGACUUGGAGGAUCAAGGAUGCCUCUUGUCUCCAUCUUCUCCUGA